AUGGGUGGGGAGCUGGUGCCGGGCCUGGGGGCCCUGCGGCGGCGAAAGCGCCUGCUGGAGCAGGAGAAGAGUCUGGCCGGCUGGACGCUGGCACUGGCGGGAAUCGGCAUCGGACUCAUGAUCCUGCACGCGGAGAUGCUAUGGUUCGGGGGGUGCCCGUGGGCGAUCCACCUGUUCCUGGUUAAAUGCAUGAUCAGCAUUUCCACAUUCUUGCUGCUUUUCCUUAUUGUGGCCUUUCACGCCAAAGAGGUCCAGCUGUUCAUGACGGACAACGGGCUCCGGGACUGGCGCGUGGCGCUGACCGGGCGGCAGGUGGCGCAGAUCGCGCUGGAGCUGGCGGUGUGCGGGCUGCACCCGGCGCCGGUGCGGGGCCCGCGGUGCGCGCAGGGCUCGGGGGCCCCGCAGACGGACGCCGCGCAGUCUUGGCCGAGCUUCCUGGGCCAGGGGGAGGCGCUGCUGUCGCUGGCCAUGCUGCUGCGCCUGUACCUGGUGCCCCGCGCCCUGCUCCUGAGCAGCGGCGUCCUGCUGAACGCCUCGUACCGCAGUAUCGGCGCGCUCAACCAGGUCCGCUUCCGCCACUGGUUCGUGGCCAAGCUGUACAUGAACACGCAUCCCGGCCGCCUUCUGCUCUGCCUCACGCUUGGCCUCUGGCUCACCACCGCCUGGGUGCUGUCGGUGGCCGAGAGGCAGACCGUUAAUGCCACCGGGCACCUUUCAGACACACUGUGGCUGAUCCCCAUCACGUUCCUGACCAUCGGCUACGGGGACGUGGUGCCAAGUACCAUGUGGGGCAAGAUUGUCUGCCUCUGCACUGGGGUCAUGGGGGUCUGCUGCACAGCCCUGCUGGUGGCCGUGGUGGCCCGGAAGCUGGAGUUUAAUAAGGCAGAGAAGCACGUGCACAACUUCAUGAUGGACAUUCAGUAUACCAAAGAGAUGAAGGAGUCAGCUGCCCGAGUGCUGCAAGAGUCCUGGAUGUUCUACAAACAUACACGCAGGAAGGACUCUGGAGCUGCCCGCAGGCACCAGCGCAGGCUGCUGGCUGCCAUCAACAGGUUCCGCCAGGUGCGGCUGAAACACAGAAAGCUCCGGGAACAAGUGAACUCCAUGGUGGACAUCUCCAAGAUGCACAUGAUCCUGUGUGACCUGCAGCUGAGCCUGAGCAACUCACACCAGGCCCUGGAGAAGCAGAUCGAAGUGCUGGCAGGGAGGCUGGACACCCUGACCGAGCUGCUUGGUGCUGCCCUGGGCCCCCGGCAGCUUCCAGAACCAAGCCACGAGGCCACGUAG